CUGGGCUCGAGUUCCGUCGAAAGCUGAGUUCAAUAAAGGAAAUGUGCAUUUUGAAUUGCAAGUGUUUGCAACGACUGAGAUAGCAUCACGAGGACAACGUCUAUUGGAAGAAGAGGAAGUUGAAGUAGAUACCAUUGAUCUAGCUGAUGUGAUACAUACCGAGUUAGGAACCAAAAUUAAAAUAUGUGCUUUUUUAAAAUCGAAAUUCGUUGAACAAAGAAUGGGGGCCUAUCCUAAUGUAGGUACGUUUGCUUGUGGGUCAAUAACUGACGGAACCAGUAAAUUGGAAGUAAGGAUUGCUAGCUUCCAAGGAGUAGAAGUGUUUCAAAAGGGCCAGAAGCUUGCCUUGAUUGGCACGAUAGAAUCACAAGGACCGAGAUUACAUUUACAAUUGAAUCAUAUUACUGACAUAGAAUCAAUUUCCGGUGAGACAAUGUCUUUAAACAGUUUACUAAGAGUUCGCAAUGAACUGAAAAGGACUUUAGGGGAGGCUGAAGUACCGCCAGUUGCGCGAAGAAGAAUGUAAAUGAAUACGAAUUUUUUCAUUGUUCCUAAUUUUAUAUAAAUACGCCAUUAAGACAUAAAAAAAAUUUCUGGUUAUUAAAACAAUUUUUUUUAAGAAAUUCUCAUAAUGAAGAUACUUUACAAAUGUUAUUUGAGAAAAAAUGGAUUA